CGAUGGGGUCGAAAAAGCGCAUCCUGAGUGAAUCCCGGACCCCUGCAGUUGUCGACGGAAGCGCGAGGAGAUAAACCUUAUCCCGGAAAGAAUUGGGAUAUCAAAAUGGCAGAGCGUGUCAAUAACUUUCCUCCCCUGCCUCAGUUCAUGAGAAUAAAGCCGUGCUUUUACCAGAACAUUGAAGAGGAAAUUCCUGCACCACACCAGCAGUUGGUGCGCAGAGUCUACACACUAUGGAUGAUGUAUUCAGGCACGCUGUGCAUAAAUGUGAUCUCAUGUAUUGCUUGGUGGGCUGGGGGUGGAAGCGCUCAAAACUUUGGCUUUUCCCUGCUCUGGCUCAUCCUCUUCAGCCCGUGCAGUUACACCUGCUGGUUCAGACCACUCUACAAAGCCUUCAGGGCCGAUAGCUCGUUCAACUUCAUGGCCUUCUUCUUCAUCUUCUUCCUUCAGUGCGUCUUGGCACUCAUCCAGACUUUAGGCUUCUCAGGCUGGGGAACUUGCGGCUGGAUUGCGACAGUGAUGUUUUUCAGCACAAAUGUGGGCUCGGCUAUAGUGAUGCUUAUCACAACUCUGCUCUUCACUGUGGUGACUGCUUUAAUGGCACUGGUUCUCCUCAGGGUGCACAGACUGUACCGUGGCGGAGGCGGGAGUUUGGAGCGCGCUCAGGAAGAGUGGAGCACCGGGUUGUGGAAGAGUGCGCCAGUGAGGGAAGCAGGGUUCAACGCUGUAGCUCAGACGGCUCAAGGCCCGACCUUGCCCCAGUACCCUGCCUCAGUGCCGAGCUAUCCUGACAACAGUCACUGGUGAUAGCUGAGAGUGGCCUCUAGAUGGAGACAGAUGUCCGGUGGUUUCUGUGGUGCUCAAAGCGUCACAUCAUCUCACCCUUACAUUACAAAAUGCAUAGCCUUUGUGUUGAAUGAGACGAAGCUAUAACAAGUUUUAUCAAAGAGUUUUGCCACUAAAGCUCAUUACUACACUUGUGGUAUAGGGUUAUCUUUAAAAUUUGCCAUUCCAUUUCAACUUCUGUUUACAUCUAGAUUAUUAAAAUGUAUGAGAGAGAACUUCAGUUUUAUGCUCAAAAGAAUUUUGUUUCGGAAACUGUACAGUCUUGCAAAUAUGCAAUUGAAAACUUAAAGAGUGUGAACUGUUUCUGGAUAGUAUGUGAAGGAUGUGUGCCUUAUGGACCUUUAUGAUACCAUUGUUUUAUGUAUUGCCAAAUCUGCAUGCUAGAAAUUGUAGUAUGCCGAUCAACAGGGGUUUUCUCUUUUUCUUUUGCAACAAGAGAAUGUCUGCAAACUGCACGAUUUUUAUCUGGUGGAACUCUUUUCUGUGUAUUCUGUCAGUUUAUUUUUGAUAAGCCGUGCUUGAAAUCUCCAUGCUUGCCUGCUUUGGCUGUGAUUUCUUGAAAUGCGCCUUAAUAUUGCGUGCAGAUUUUGUAUGUGAAGAAUACCUUGCUUGACUCUGGCCUUAACAAAUGCUGCUUUUGUUUAAACUGGACUUAUGCUUCACUGAAGCAACGUGUGGAAACAUUUCAAAAGUUGUCAGUGCGUAAUCCUCCCCUGUGAUUUCUCACUUCUGUGCCAAAAACACUCUCUUCCCUCUUUCUUUUAUUUUGAUACUGAAAAAAGUCACACCCAGAGUAGAUAUUGUGUUGCACUCAGUUUCUGUGGUUCCAGAGCUGCACUGUUUGCUUUUAGUGGUCAGCGCCCUGCAGUGAAAGAACCUUAUCUGCUGUUGUCAAUGUUCCACUCACUUUCACUUUCUGCACUGAUAGACUGAAUUUUUGUGUUUGACUGCAGUGUGCUUGCAUGCAGCCUGUAAUGGGUGUGUGACUGAACAGGAUUCUCUUAUUUCAAAUGAACUGACCUCAUGUAGCCAAUACAUAUAAACACAAACAACUUGGCUGACUGAACAGCAGAUGGAUCUGUGGUGAAGCAAAUUCUUGCAUGCAAAUGUUGUCGGUCUUUAAAAUGCUCUCUGAUAUUCCAAGUGUGGACUAUUAAAACGUCAUUCCAACAAACCUUGGUGAAGAAUUUGAUCAAGCCCAAAGAAUGUGGCUUUUUAUACAGAUCAUCUAAUAGUUCAAUUUUAUUUUUGGCUCUAUGAUCCCAAAGAGCCUACAUGAAGUAAAGCACCGCCUCAAAGUUUGAUUUAUCUUUCUUUCCUUGUUACAAAAGUGUCCUUCAUGGCCAACUGCCAAGAUUAGUAUUUUGAUUUUUCUCUGUUAUUUGAUAAGUGAUGAAAUAAAAUGGAUAUGUUAAAGUAACCUUUAAAUAGUGCAACAUUUCAAUAAAUAUUCUUAUUCCCAUCGUG